AUGACAAAGGUGAGUACCAUGCAGAUUAUAGUAAAGGAUAUGCUUAACAAAAACAUAUGCCUAGAUGUUGAUAGGUUUGAGACAGUCGAAAACCUCAAGCUCAUGAUCGAGGAUAGUGAAGGCGUCCCAGUGGAAAGUCAGAGGCUGAUCUUUUCAGGCAAGCAACUUCAAGAUGGUCACACCUUAGCUGACUACAACAUCCAAAAGGUUCUCAAAAAUCCAAAAGCUUCCACUGCGAUAUACACUCUUCGACUUCUCCGUUUCUCUUUCAGAGGUGUGUGUUUGUGCUCAGUGGCGAUGGAAACAAGCAGAGGAAAGGUAAUCAUGUUGUGUCACUGGGACGGGUGUAUAAAAUACGGUCCUGAUGGCGUAUACUACGAAGGACCAACUUCCGAAUAUUUCAGAGUGAAGCAAAAGACUGAGCUAAAUAGGUUGCUAGAGGGGCUUUACAAGAGAUUCGGAUUAGACAAGGAGAGAUCAAAGUUUGAAAUCUGGGGUAAGUUCCCUGUUCUUGUUCAACAAUCUAAGCUCAAGUAUCUUCUUCUCCCUGUCGUGGACGACUCUAGCUUCGCGGCUAUGCUUGAUGUUCCAAGCAACCAUCCUUCUAUAACCAAUGUGGAGUUGUUUCUGGAAGUCAAAACAACCUCUGAUGAUGUUCUUGACCCAAAUUCUUGCGCAAAUCCCUUGAAGAGACAGAGGACGAAUCCGAAUCCAAGCUCGGAAGGAUGCUUGAAUAAAGCUCUGACCUUUCCUUCUGGGGUUGUUUCAAAACCGUGUGUUUCGUCUAGUUUGUGGCUUGGUGACGACAUGCGUUUAGGGUUGUGUUUUAAAGACGUGGAUGAGCUGAAGAAGGCAGUGGACUGGUACUGUAUUAGAGGUCGGCGUAAGUCUGUAGCGAGAGAGACAGAGAAGAAGGACGUGUAUAGGUUUGAGUGCGUGAGAACUAAAUGCAACUGGUCGCUUCAUGCAGCUAGAGUCGAAGAAGGUCUUGUUGAGGUAACCAAAUACAAUGCAACACAUACUUGCUCUCUUGCUGAAAAUGUGAAAUCAGAUUUUGUAGCAGAUGAGAUUGAAAGUGUGGUUAGGUUAAACCCUACUCUGUCCAUUCAAGAGUUGAAGAAAUGGUGGAAAGAGAAGCUUGGAUACGAGCUUCAAGCAUCUCAUAUGCUAGAAGGGAAGUUUGAAGUGAUCAGAAGAGUGUAUGGAGAUGAGGAACAGAGUCUCAGAGCCGUACCGAAGCUGAUCUCUGCGUUACAGUCAUCUAACGAGAUGCUCGUUGACUGGCGAUACGAGGUUUUUCCAAACCCUAAAUAUGCUUCCUUCUCUGGUCUGUUUUGGACGUUUUCACAGUGUAUCAAAGGGUUUCAACACUGUCGACCUCUGGUUGUAGUAGACACAAGAGACUUGUACGGUGGUAAUGAUUAUGUUUCUCCACGCUGCUCUCAGUUCAAGUUGAUGAUUGCUUCAGGGUUAGAUGCUGCCAACAGAUACUUCCCGCUAGCGUUUGCGGUUACGAGAGAAGUGUCUGUUGAGACUUGGCGUUGGUUUCUCAGUAGGAUCAGAGAGAAGGUAACGCAAAGGGAAGGGCUUUGUUUGGUUUCAAGUCCAGACGAGGACAUAGUCACUGUUGUUAACGAACCAGGGUCUCAGUGGAAAGAGCAUAGGUUCUGUCUGAAAGGGUUAUGCUCUCAGUUCUGUGACGUCGUUGAAGACGGCGGUGAAGAGCUGGUGCGUCUUGUCAAGAAAGCUGGAUACUCGAGUCAGAAGAGAGACUUCGAUUCUUACAUGGAUGAGAUCAAAGAGAAGAGAACUGUAGCUCGGAAAUGGCUAAACAAAAUCCAUCCACAUCAGUGGGCUCUGGCUCAUGACAAUGGUGGUCUAAGAUACGGACUCAUGGAGAUUGAUACUAAAGCUUUGUAUGCAGUUUUUAGAGACUUCUUGUAUCAUAGAGUUGCAUUGUCAGGGGUUUUGGUGCUUAUGUUUGAUGAUCUUAGAGAAGCUUUUGAUGAGUCUUUUACAUGUAGCAGUGAGUCUCUUAACCGUGGUGAUGUGUACACAAAACCUAUCAUGGACAAGCUUGAAGAGUUCGUGAGAGAUUAUGAUGCUGCUGCUUAUGUGAUAACGCCGUUAGAGGGUGAUGCAUUUGUGGUGUCAGGAAACGAGAAGUGGAUUGUUAAGCUGAAUGAGUCAAUCUGCACAUGUGGGAAGUUUCAAGGUGACAAGUUCCCAUGCGUACACGCUCUAGCGCUUUGCGAGAAGCUGAGGAUCAAUCCUUUGAAGUAUGUAGACGACUGUUACUUGCUUGAGAGGUAUCACAAAACGUACUCUGCUGAAUUCAGUCCUGUUCCGGAAGUCUCGGCUUGGCCUGAAGCUUCUGGUGUUCCAAUGUUGCUUCCUCCUUUGCUUCCUCCUAAAGUAGAAGGUAAGAUUUGA